AUGGCCUACAACCGCUAUGUGGCCAUCUGCCAGCCCCUGCACUAUGGGACCCUCCUGGGCAGCAGAGCUUGUGCCCAGAUGGCAGCAGCUGCGUGGGGCAGUGGCUUUCUCCAUGCUGUGCUGCACAUUGCCAAUAUAUUUUCACUGCCUCUCUGCCGUGGCAAUGCUGUGGACCAGUUCUUCUGUGAAAUCCCCCAGAUCCUCAAACUAUCCCAGUCAGACUUCUACUUAAGGGAAGCUGUUAUGGUUUUAGUAACUGCUUUUCUAUUGUUAGGGUGCUUUAUUUUCAUUUUGCUGUCCUACGUGCAAAUCUUCAGGGCCGUGCUGAGGAUCCCCUCACAGCAGGGACAGCACAAAGCCUUUUCCAUGUGUCUCCCUCACCUGGCUGUUGUCUCCCUGUUUCUCAGCACUGUUUUGUUUGCCCACCUGAAGCCCCCCUCCAUCUCCUUGCCUUCCCUGGACCUGGUAGUUGAAGUUCUGUACUUGGUUGUUCCUCCAGCAAUGAAUCCUUUCAUCUACAGCAUGAGGAACAAAGAGCUCAAGGAUGCUGUGUGGAAACUGAUGACUGGGUGUGUUUAA